CUUAUAAAACCACUACAAAACCUGAUUAUUACCAUUACCAAGUGCCAAUCACACCUCUCUAACCCUUCUCCCUACAAAUUGAAGUAUUCAAAGGUAAUUUUUAACAUGAAGAGAGAAAUUUUCGCAUGGUUAUUCUUCAUCAUUUUUUUUAAGGCCCUUUCAUAUUGUGCAUGUGAAAUUUCUAUCACCCCACAGCAGCACCUACCCAUGACUAGGGCAAAACAGCUCAAGGAAGUAUAUGAAUCAAUUGCCAGAUUGACAAGCAAAGACUAUCCAAGAACACUAGAGAGACAGGGUUUGCAUGAAGUUGAUGCAAAGAGCUUCCAAAAGUUAGCAAAAGGAGUUUAUGGUGGUGCAGAUGUUCUUCGUCCUCGAUCUAAAUCCAAAAAUGGAGCUACUGCUUUACACAUGAAAUCCUCUGCCCUCUUCUCAGCAACACUUGGGUUGAUAAUUUAUGUUGUCUUCUUUUGAUUGUUAAUUGGAAGGGGCGACUUCUUUGGGAUACGAUUAAGAAGCAACUUAAUUUGGAUAAAAAAAAAAAGAAGAAGAAGAAAGAAAAAGAUGGUAAUUGUAUUGGUAUAUUUUGCUUUUAUUUAGAGUAAAUGUUGUAUUUUCUUCUUGUUGAAUGGGUGUGAGUGAAAUUGCUUGUGCAUACAAUAUAUCCUUUCCUUCUUGAUCAUCCAAUUCAAUCUCCAGAUUCCAUGGGAGAAGAAGCAAUUAUUGAAGAUUGCUUUUAAUUAA